AGGGUCCUUCCACUUCUCUUUCUUGAAAUUGCUAAAGACCAACUUUGUUGAAAAAUGACACACUUGUAUUCAGGAACCAGGCAGAAUAGUGCUCACUUCUUAACAGCCUUUAGACAACUUGCCAGGCUACGGUGUCCAGGACAGCACUACUCUUAUCAUCAUCACCACCAUCAAUCAAAAUGUUCUCGUCCUAUGAAUCUCCUAGUAAGGAUAUCUAGGACUUUUGUAUCUUCAUCCUGCUCGAUCUCUCCUUCUCCCUCUCCUCUUUUCAACCGCUUAUCAUAUUAUGGAGCAAUACCAUGCACAAAGUCAAGGCAUAUUCAACAAAGCACCUUGAUUCCUUGCCAUCAUCAUCAUUAUUCCACUGCUGCAACUAUAGAAACAACCAAUGCAGCAGAAGGAACAAGUUCAUUUGCAGAUGAUGCAUCAAAUCUCUACCUCAAAGAAAACAAAAGAAAAGAACGAGUCUUGUUAUUGAUGUCUGGCGGUGUGGACUCCUCUAUGUGUGCACAUAUCUUGCAUCAUCAAGGAUACGAUGUGACGGGUCUAUAUAUGCAUAAUUGGAACCAUCAAGAGGAAACUCAGGAUGAAAUCCCUCUACCUGUUACUGAAACCAUAUCCGAUGGUGGUAAUAACCAUACCAGCAACAACACCAAAAAUAACAACAACAGCAAUAAUAAUAAUAAUAGCGUUAAUAAAACUCCACGCACUAGUCGAAUCCGACCAAAGACUUGUACCUCGGAACGGGACUGGGCAGAUGUACAAGCAGUUUGUGCUCAAAUCGGGAUCCCUGCACUUCGACUUGAUUUCUCAAGACAAUAUUGGAAUCAGGUCUUUGAAGUGAUGCUGCACGAAUAUGAGCGUGGACGGACACCCAAUCCUGAUAUUUCUUGUAAUCGAGAGAUCAAAUUCGGAGAAUUGAUUGAGUGGUGCCAUCGUCAUGGAGGUCUGGGCAAAAAUCGGAGUCGAAAACAGGAGAAGGAGCAACAACAGCAAAAACAACGAGGACAGAAGCAAGCGAAGGAGCAGGAGCAGGAGCAGGAGCAGGAGCAGGAGCAGGAGCAGGAGCAGGAGCAGGAGCAGGAGCAGGAGCAGGGGCAGGGGCAGGGGCAGGAGCAGGGGCAGGAGCAGGAGCAGGGGCAAGGGCAGGAGCAGGAGCAGGAGCAGGAACAUUAUCCAGGAUGGGAUUACCUUGCUACGGGACAUUAUGCUCGCGUAGAACGGAAUCCUCUCACAGGGCAGGCUCGCCUCCUACGUGCUUUAGAUAAUAAUAAGGAUCAAACAUAUUAUCUUUCAACACUUUCAGAAAAAGUCCUCCAACAUGUUAUCUUCCCAUUAGCACAAUUUGAUAAACCCACUGUGAAGAAAAUGGCGCUAGAGUAUGGCGCUUCCGCUCAGUGGUCACAUCUCAAAACUGCUGCAGAAAAGAAGGAAAGCAUGGGGAUCUGUUUUGUAGGGCAGCGGCGUCGUUUUGGAGAGUUUUUAACAGAGUAUUUAGAGAUGACUCCUGGUCCAGUUCGAGUUGAUGAUUUGAAUGGACCUUUGAUUGGACAACAUAAAGGACUUUACAGAUAUACGAUUGGUCAAGCUUCAACUGUGGUUCAUGGUCAUCAAAAAUGGGUUGUUUUAAAAACGGAUCUGGAGACCAAUACUUUAGUGGUCGUGGAUGGUACACAGAAUCCUAAACUAUUCUCGCCUGGGUUGGUCGCUGAAGAUUGGCACUGGAUCGCUGGGACUCCGCCUCAGAAGUUGCUCGAUAUCUUAUCGUCAACAGAGUUGCACAAGGAACAGUUUCCAUUCACAGCUCAAAUCCGACAUCGCCAAGUCCCUCAACCCUGUACAAUUGAGCCAAUUAUCGGUAGGGACAAUGGAGCAAACGAUGUGAACUCUGUAACAGAGUUUCGAGUACAUUUCAAGGACCUUCAACGAGCAAUUGCCCCAGGACAACAGAUCGUAUUAUAUGAUCAAGAUGAAUGCCUCGGUGGCGCCGUCAUUCGCUCCAGCCUUUUGUCCGAAUCUACCCCAUGAUCAUAAAGCAAGAACGUUAUCAUAGACAGAUCACUUAAUAGAAGAAUAAGAGUAUUUAUAUGAUACGGAUUAAUGAAAUGAAAAGUCUGUACUCUAUACAUCUACUAACUUGACCAUCUCAUGCCUGAAUAACCAGCUUCGCCACCACCGCCAUUCUGUUUAAUGACCGAGGCUGCGUUUCUUGACCGAGAUCCGUUACAGAAACAUGAUUGGAAACCAUACAUGCCCUCCUUUUCUACUUGAAUAGCCACUUCGCUUAAUCCUGGGAUCGUUGAUAACAGGAUC